AUUUUGCUCACAUUUUCCUUAUCUGGAAGCUGGGGAAAAAUUGUGCGUGUCUUGGAAGCUGCUCCCAUGGCAUAAAUUGCACUUGCAGUGUCCGCUAGUGGAGUAGUAUAAUUUUCCCGUCUCGAGUAUAAUUUUCCGUCUCUUUCCGUCAAAACAACUGAAACCCCCCGUAUUUCGAUCCCAAUCUCUCACCCCCGCCAAAUCUCCUCACCCUCGCUCUUCAAAAACCACUCGCCGAAACCCUAACUCUCCCAACCCGGCGCUUUCUAGGGUUCCAAGCCCCCUUUCGCAAAACCAUGCCGUCCCUCUCCUCUCCGGGCAAAAUCCUCCGCCUGGAGCUCGAGAACUUCAAGUCCUACAAGGGCCUCCAGACCAUCGGCCCCUUCUUCAACUUCACCGCCAUCAUCGGCCCCAAUGGCUCAGGCAAGUCCAACCUCAUGGACGCCAUCAGCUUCGUCCUCGGCGUCCGCACGGGCCAGCUCAGGGGAUCCCAGUUGAAGGACCUGAUCUAUGCCUUCGACGACAAGGAGAAGGAGCAGCGGGGGAGGCGCGCGUUCGUCAGGCUCGUGUACCAGCUGGGCAGUGGGGCCGAGCUCCAGUUCACGAGGAGCAUCGCGGGCACGGGAGGGAGCGAGUACAGGAUCGACGGGAGGGUCGUGAAUUGGGACGAGUAUAAUGCCAAGCUGAGGUCGCUGGGGAUCCUUGUCAAGGCUCGCAAUUUCCUCGUUUUUCAGGGCGAUGUCGAGUCAAUUGCAUCUAAAAAUCCUAGAGAACUUACUGCACUUAUUGAGCAAAUAUCUGGAUCUGAUGAACUUAAGGGAGAUUAUGAGAAACUGGAAGAAGAAAAAGCCAGAGCUGAAGAAAAAUCCACACUUGUUUAUCAGAAAAAAAGAACUAUUGUGUCAGAGAGGAAGCAGAAGAAAGAACAGAAGGAAGAGGCCGAAAAACACCUCCGCUUGCAAGACCAACUGAAAACAUUGAAGAAGGACCACUUUUUGUGGCAACUGUGGAAUAUAGCUAAUGACAUAGAGAAAGCUGAAGAGGACGCUGAUGCUGAAAAGAGAAGCCAGCAAGAACUUGUGCAGGAACUAUCGGAUUAUGAACAUGAAUGCAGCAUUAAGAAGAAAGAACAGGCAAAAUAUUUAAAAGAGAUUGUGCAAUGUGAAAAGAAGAUUGCUGAGAAAAAUAGUAGACUUGACAAGAAUCAACCUGAGGUUGUAAAACUCAAGGAGGAAACGACUCGAAUCAGCAACAAAAUCCGAAGUAGUGGGAAGGAUCUCAAGAAAAAGAAAGAAGAAAGGAGGAAGCAUGCAGAUGAAAUAAAAAAGAUGCAGAAUGACUUAAACGAUCUGACUAGACAACUUGAUGAGCUACAUGAAAAAGCUCAGGAUGGUGGUGAGAAACUUCAGCUGGCUGACAGUCAAAUAGGGGAAUACCAUCGAAUCAAGGAUAAGGCUGGUACGGAAACCUCAAAGCUAAGAGAUGAGAAAGAGGUUCAAGAUAGGCAACAACAUACUGACAUUGAAGCUCAAAAGAAUUUGGAAGAAAAUCUUCAACAGCUGGAAAGUCGGAAUCUAGAGCUGGAGUUGCAGGAGGAACAGAUGCAAGCAAAACUAAAAAAGAUUGUUGAUACUGUUGUGAAACGAAAAGAAGAACUCACACAAGUGAGAAAGGAACAGCGUGAGAUGAAAGAUAAACUUGGAAAUUCAAGACGCAAAUAUGACAUGUUGAAGGCCAAAAUUGGCGAAGUUGAAAACCAACUACGUGAACUGAAGGCUGAUAGAUAUGAAAAUGAGAGGGAUGCCAAGUCAGCUGAAGCUGUGGAGGCUCUCAAGAGCCUGUUUCCUGGCGUUCAUGGUCGCAUGACUGAUCUUUGUAGGCCAACCCAGAAGAAGUAUAACCUUGCUGUCACUGUGGCUAUGGGUAAAUUUAUGGAUGCAGUAGUAGUUGAGGAUGAGCUUACAGGAAAGGAAUGCAUCCAGUAUUUGAAAGAUCGGAGGCUUCCUCCUCAGACUUUUAUACCCCUUCAGUCAGUUCGUGUUAAGCCAAUAAUUGAGAAGCUGCGCACCUUGCGCGGCACUGCGAAGCUGGUCUUCGACGUCAUCCAAUUUGAUCCAGCCUUGGAGAAGGCUAUUUUGUUUGCUGUUGGGAAUACCUUAGUCUGUGAUGAUCUUGAUGAAGCAAAGGCUCUGAGUUGGAGUGGGGAGCGGUUUAAAGUUGUGACUGUUGAUGGGACUCUUUUGACGAAGGCUGGGACAAUGACUGGUGGUACAAGUGGUGGAAUGGAAGCAAGGUCACAUAAAUGGGAUGAUAAAAAAAUUGAAGGUAUGAAGAAUAAUUAUCAAUUUUUAAAAGCUUUAUUGCAUUUACAUAAUGUCUUCGCUGUUGCAGGACUUAAAAAGACGAAAGAGGGUUUUGAGUUGGAAUUGGAAGAGCUCGGUUCAAUAAGAGAAAUGCAGCUGAAAGAGUCUGAAGCAUCAGUAAAGAUUAGUGGGCUUGAAAAGAAGAUUCAGUAUGCGGAGAUCGAGAAGAAAAGUAUCAAUGACAAACUUGAAAGAUUGAAGCAGGACAAGGAGAAUAUUGAAAAAGAAAUUCAUCGCAUUAGCCCUGAACUUCAUAAGUUGAAAAAUGCUACUACUAAAAGGGCUUCAAAAAUAUCAUCAUUAGAGAAGCAGAUCAAUGAUAAGGUUGACCGGAUUUACAAGAAUUUUAGUGAGUCUGUUGGGGUGAAAAAUAUUCGUGAGUAUGAAGAAAACCAGCUCAAGGCUGCUCAACAGAUGGAUGAAGAAAGGUUCAGCUUGAGAAAUCAGCAAUCAAAGUUGAAGUACCAGUUGGAGUAUGAGCAAAAGCGAGACAUGGAUUCUCCAAUUACGAAGUUGGAAUCUUCUCUCGGUGCUCUAACAAGUGAUUUAAACGAGGUUAAGGCCAAAGAGGAAGAACUUAAAUCAGCGAUGAAGAAAGCUACUGAUGACAUUGAUCAUUUGAAGGAGGAAGUGAAGGAAUGGAAGUCCAAGUCAGAAGAGUGUGAGAAGGAUAUCCAGGAAUGGAGGAAAAAGAUUUCUAUUGCUACGACAAGCUUAGCCAAACACAGUCGUCAAUUGAAAUCAAAGGAGGCACAGAUCGAGCAGCUCAAGUCACAGAAGCAAGAGAUUUUUGAGAAGUGUGAACUGGAGGGCAUAGUCCUUCCUACUAUCUCUGACCCGAUGGAUACAGGAUCACCUACAUCGGACCCAGCUCUUGAUUUUAGUCAAUUAAGUAGAUCUUAUCUUCAGAACACGAGGCCUUCUCAGAGGGAGAAGCUUGAUGUGGAAUUUACGCAAAAAAUUGGUGCCCUAAUAUCAGAAAUUGAACGGACAGCUCCAAAUCUGAAGGCCUUGGACCAAUACGAGGCUUUGCUGGAGAAGGAAAGAGUUGCGACCGAGGAGUUCGAAGCUGCCAGGAAAGAAGAAAAAGAAGUAGCUGACAAGUAUAAUUCAGUGAAACAGAGGAGGUACGAAUUGUUUAUGGAAGCUUUCAAACAUAUUUCUAGUAAUAUAGACAAAAUCUACAAUCAACUUACGAAGAGUACCACACACCAGCUUGGUGGGAUAGCAUAUUUGAACUUGGACAACGAGGAUGAGCCGUUCUUACAUGGAAUCAAGUACUCAGCUAUGCCCCCAACAAAGCGCUUCCGUGAAAUGGAACAGCUAUCUGGUGGGGAGAAGACUGUUGCAGCACUUGCAUUACUGUUCUCUAUCCACAGUUAUAGACCAUCACCAUUCUUUAUAUUGGAUGAAGUGGAUGCUGCAUUAGACAAUUUGAAUGUUGCUAAGGUUGCUGGAUUCAUUCGAUCAAAGUCAUGUGAAGGAUCUCGGGGUAAUCAAGACAUUGAGGGUGGAAGCGGGUUUCAGAGUAUAGUGAUAUCCCUCAAAGAUAGUUUUUAUGACAAGGCUGAAGCGUUGGUUGGAGUCUAUAGGGAUUCUGAGCGAAGUUGCUCUAGAACACUGACAUUUGACCUGACAAAGUACCGGGAGUCAUGAAAGUUAGACUUUGGGUUGCUGUAUCCUGUAACUGCGAUUGGUUGUAGGAUGUAAAUACAAGGACAUAACUUGGCUAGCGUUAGAUACCUUUGUUUCCUCUUGAAGCUUGUAAAAAUCACUGUUUUUGUAUUUUAUUUCGUGCCUUGUGAAUCUAUGAUGCCCUUUUCCCACAACCCCAUCGAACUUUCAAGCAUAUCUGUGUGUGUGUGUGUGUGUGUGUUUAGCAUCCAAGUUUAUAGCAACAUUAAACUUGUUGGACGUGCUGAUAUGUAACUUGAAAAGUGUGAUCAUGAUGCAAUUAUUGUUGCUUUCCA